GAAGCAUAGUUAACAAAUUUGUCUGACCCAUAUAGGUAAGAUUCCAUGGGAUUGAAGCUUUCUUGCAUCCACCAGGGCAGCCUGUCCCGCCAGGCACAUCAGCCGGCCUCGCCGGCGCCCGCCAGGGUCAUCGCCGCAGACGCGUCGCUAAAGGAGCUCCCGGCCUCAUCCUCUUCCUCUAGCGUCUCGGACGUGCUCGGCCGGAGCGGCGGCGACGACAUGGCCGUGGCGUCGUCGUCGUUCUUCAUGUGCAACUCCGACGCGCUGUACUUCAACGAGCCCCCGCCGGCGCUGCCCACCGGCGAGGUGCUCCGGCCGGGGCAGAUAUACUUCGUGCUCCCGGCGGCCAUGCUCGGGAGGCCGCUUUCGACCGCCGACAUGGCAGCGCUGGCCGUGCGAGCGACGACGGCGCUCUCGUCCAGCUGCAAGCCGCGGCGCCACGGGCGGCGCCGGGCACGUGGCGGCGGCAAGAAGAAGAAGGCAGUUCGCGUCGUGCCCGUGCGCGAGCAAAUGGAGGACGGUGGAGAGGACGCCUUCUUCAACGAGAAGCUCAACCAACAGACGCUGGGGGAUUUCGGGAUGUUGCUGCUGAGCCAAGCGAAGAAGGACGACAAGCUUGCGGUUGCGGCCGCCGCGGCGACGGCGAGGCUCAAGCGGGCGCUGAGCAUUAUUCAAGAAGACGCCGAGUGAAGCGAGCAAACAGGCUGUGGUCGAUCUCGAAUUCUCUUGUUCUUUCCAGAAACUUAUUUAGGUUGCGCUUUUGUACUAAGAUGCAAUAGUGUAUUAGAAAAUGUCUACAAAUGUAUGAUACAUCUUCCAGACACUACAUAAUUCAGCAGUGACUGAACUACAAGAAUUAAUGUAAGUAACCUGAUUCGUUGAUUCU